CCUGUACUGUAGAAUGUAGUAUGGACCAUAGGACAGGACGUUAAGAAGCUGUGGAGGCCUAAGAUGCUCUACUAGUCUGCUGGAAAUCCAAAGAAGACGAAGGAGUCAAAAGCAAAAUGGCGUUUGACAGAGAAGGCCUAAACGUGGCCACUGGCCAUUAUUGUUUCUCUAUUUGUAUUUAGUGCAUACAUGUACGCAUAUAUGUCGUGUAGUAGAUGAAACAUUGUUAGUCAUUGUUUGUAUCCGGAUACAUUAGUCUGAGCGCACUUUAUCAAGUCUUGUGCUAGUUAGCUUAGCUCGCUAGUUAGCUUAGCUUGUUAGCUGCUAACAAAGAGACGCGGACGUUAUCAACACAUCGCUAAGUAGAGAUCAAAUGUGAGUGUAAAGUGUUGUGAUUGUGGGAAAAUGUGCGAAAGAACGAUAGCAAAGUAUGAGGAGGAACUUUGUCCAACAAAAGAGGAGAAGGAGCGACAACAUCAACUACUGGACGCUGUUUUCAAGAAACAUCAAGUUGUGUUACACAGAACAGACGUCCAGCAGCCCCCUCACAUUAAAGAGGAAGAUGAGGAUCCACAGCCACCCCACAUUAAAGAGGAAGAGGAGGAUCCACAGUAUCCCCACAUUAAAGAGGAAAAGGAAGAAGUGUGGAUCACUCAGGAGGGAGAGUGUCUUCUAGGGCAGGAGGAGGAUAAUCUCAGCAAGUUUCCACUGACUGUUGUCUCUGUGAAGACUGAAGAGCAUGAAGACAAACCACCUGAGUCCUCACAGCUUCAUCACAGUCCAAACGUCUGUGAAGAACAACUUCUGCCUGAAAAACAGGAGUGUAGCUUCAGGAUGGUGAAGGAGGAUCCAUCAAAGAGGAAGACCAGGCGCCACAGACCCUCUGGUGUCUCCUUUUCUUCUUUGACACAGACCCUGCCCUGUAAAAAGGAAGAGGAAGACUCACUGACCCGCCACAUUAAAAAGGAAGAGGAGGAACACGGCAUCAGUCAGCCUAAAUGGUUGGAGGAGUUCCCAGUGACUGGUGUCCCUGUGAAGAGUGAAGAUGAUGAGGUCAAAGGUGAAAGUGAGGAGAAGAGCAGCAGCUCAACACAACACAUGACAACAGAAACUGAUGGAGACCACUGUGGAGGAUCACAAGCAGACAAGCUCUUAGCUCCACUAUCAGAUAGUGAGGACACAACGUCACACUCUCCUGACACUGAUGAUGAAGACUCUAAAGAUGAUAAGACAUGUCACACUGACAACACUCACUUCAAAUGUUCUCACUGUGACAAAACCUUUAAAUACCAUUGUCAUCUUAAAACACACAAAACAACACACACUGGAGAAAAACCUUUUAUCUGUUCAAUCUGUAGUAAAGGUUUUGCUCUAAGUAAAUAUUUGAAAGUGCACAUGAGAACACACACUGGUGAAAAGCUUUUUAUCUGUUCAAUCUGUGGUAAACGUUUUGUAGAAAGUCGCAAUUUGAAAGUACACAUGAAAUCACACACUGGUGAAAAACCUUUUAUCUGUUCAAUCUGCAGUAAAGGUUUUGUAGAAAGUUGCAAAUUGAAAGUACACAUGAAAACACACUCUAGUGAAAAACCUUUUUCUUGUUCAAUCUGUGGUAAAGGUUUUGUUCUAAGUCACAAUUUGAAAGUGCACAUGAGAACACACACUGGUGAAAAACCUUUUUCCUGUUCAAUCUGUUGUAAAGGUUUUGUAGAAAGUCGCAAUUUGAAAGUGCACAUGAGAACACACACUGGUGAAAAACCUUUUAUCUGUUCAAUCUGUAGUAAAGGUUUUGUCGAAAGUCGCAAAUUGAAAGUACACAUGAGAACACACACUGGUGAAAACCCCUUUUCCUGUUCAAUCUGUGGUAAAGGUUUUGUACAAAGUCACAGUUUGAAAGUACACAUGACAACACACACUGGUGAAAAACCUUUUAUUUGUUCAAGCUGUGGUAAAGGUUUUGUACAAAGUCACCAUUUAAAAGCACACAUGAAAAUACACACUGGUGAAAAACCUUUUUCUUGUUCAAUCUGUGGUAAAGGUUUUGCACACAGUUCAUGUUUGAAAAAACACCGAACAAUACACAUUGGAGAAAAAUCUUUUAUCUGUUCAAUCUGUAGCAAAGGUUUUGUUCUCAGUAACUAUUUGAAAGUGCACAUGAGAAGACACACUGGUGAAAAACCUUUUAUCUGUUCAAUCUGUGGUAAAGGUUUUGCUCUGAGUAACUAUUUGAAAGUACACAUGAGAAGACACACUGGUGAAAAACCUUUUAUCUGUUCAAUCUGUAGUAAAGGUUUUGUAGAAAGUCGCAAUUUGAAAAGACACAUGAGAACGCACACUGGUGAACAACCUUCUUCCUGUUGAAUGUGUGGUAAAGGUUUUACACAAAAUCAGUGUUCGUAAAGACAUAAGGGAACACACAUCGGUGAAAAAUCACAGUCCUGUUCAAUCUGUAGUAAAGGUUUUGUACAAAGUCAAUAUUUGAAAGCACACAUGAGAAGACUCACAGGAAAAUGUUGAGUUGCAGUGUGUGUGGUGAAAGAUUGUCUUCUAAGUACCAGAGUAAGAAACACAAGUGUGCUGGUGAGAACAGCAGCAGCAAUUGAAACUGCAGGAUUUGAAAUAAACUGUCAAGACUUUAAUUUGGACUUUCUAACAACAUCAGCACAUAUAACAUGUGUGACAUUGUUGUUUGUGUAACAAUCUUUUUAAUAUGCUUCUACAUUUAUAGAUUAGAUAUUUUAUAUUAGUGCUUUUUUCAGUCAAGUACAUGCAUUAAUAUGCAACAUUGUGUACUUUUAUUAAAAAAUGAACAGAACUAUUUGACUGAAAAGGUGAGAGUAAACAGUACAAGACAUAUUUUACAUACAAUAUAUAUUUUAUGUGUAUAUAUAUUCAUCAUACACUUUUAGACUUAUUCAUAAUAGUGUUUUGAACAGUUGUCCUUUAUACAAUUUUUAAAUUUGACUUUGAGUCAUUUGUUGGGUCUCUAUAAUCAUUUUUUAUUAGAUAUCUUUAUUACUCUCUUUUGUAAUAUGAUGAUUGUGUUGUGAUUGUUUUAUAUGUAUGUACUCAGACUUUAAUGCAAUUAAAAAAAAUG